UCGGAUUGGCUGACAGUAUUUUAGAGGGAGUUGUAGCCUCCAAUUAAAGGGGCACGGUUCAGGCAGGCUCUGCACAAGGUUUGAAGUGCAGCGGUGCUCACUGCGACCACGCUAGUCUACGGCCAUUUACAAGCACAAGUCAUUCACCGGCUGCUGCCUGGCGUGAGUGGAGAGAGCUGACCCCUUGAACACCAGAAGGGCGAAUACACGGGCAAGGCGUGUCAUGGAUCUGAGCCCAGGCAUUCAAAAGAUGUCUGUAAGCCAGCAGCAAUCAGGAAGAGGUGUGCCUUGCCUAAGAUGCCGAGGGAUGUGUACAGGCUUUGAGCCACAUUCUUGGAGGAAGAUAUGCAAGUCAUGCAAAUGUAGCCAGGAGGAUCACGGUCUGAGCUCUGAUGCAGAAGAUGAUCGGAAAAUUGGCCGCUUGUUGUCUGACUCCAAGUAUUCUACACUUACUGCCCGGGUGAAAGGUGGGGACGGCGUUCGCAUCUACAAAAGGAACCGUAUGAUCAUCACCAAUCCCAUUGUGUCUCGGAAAGAUCCAACAUUUGACACAAUAACUUACGAGUGGGCUCCACCAGGACUGACCCAGAAGCUGGCUAUACAGUACAUGGAGCUAAUUCCAAAGGAUAUGCAACCAGUAGCCGGCACGGAAGGGGCAUACUAUCGUCGCAGGCAGCUGAUGAGGCAGCUCCCCAUCUACGACCAGGACUCUUUCCACUGUCGUGGUCUGGCUGACAGUGAACUAAAGCUUAUGGAAGAUUUUGUAAAGAAAUAUAAAAGCGAUGCUCUUGGAGUUGGUGAAGUUGCACUUCCUGGCCAAGGUGGCAGUGCUAAAGAGGAAGGGAAGCAGCAAAACACAAAUGCAGCUGCAAGUAAGCCACCUGUUGCAACCAAUGGAGCCCUGAGUGAUGCAUCAACAGGAGUGGAAUAUUGCUGCGAGAUCUGCAAAGAGGUGGUGCCUGCGGACUACCCUGUGGUGUAUGUGGACCGAGCAGGCUACAAUCGCCUGUGGCACCCAGCCUGUUUUGUGUGCUACAAGUGCUCUGAACCUCUGGUUGACCUGAUCUACUUCUGGAAGAACGGCGCAGUUUGGUGUGGACGCCAUUAUUGCGAGAGCAUAAGGCCGCGCUGUGCAGCUUGUGAUGAGAUAAUAUUCUCAGAGGACUACCAGCAAGUUGAAGGGCUGACCUGGCACAAGAAACACUUUACCUGUCUGGAGUGUGAGACGCUGCUUACUGGCAAAUCGUUCAGUCUGGAUAAAACCAAGCUUCUAUGUACGACCUGCAGUAAAACCAAACAUCCAUGAACACCCAGUAGUUUGAGAAUCUAAAGUCUGCUCUCUCAGAUCCAAGCUAGAAUUGGUGUAAAUUGACAAAUAUGCAGAAGGGGAUGGAGGAGGAGAAUCUCUCCCUAUUGGGCUCAAUUUAGAGUCUGGUGGUUCACUGCCAGGCAGAUAGAACCACUCUCCACCCCUCCUUAAAUGGAACUGAUUUUUUAUUUUAAGGAAAAUAACCCUUUUUUUGGAGGAAACAAAGGAAAAUUCCCGUGCUAGGGGGAAGGAAGGAGAUCUCUGUUCUCCUAAUGGGAAAGAAUUGCUCUAGCACAUUGGUGUUAGUAAUAACUGGGAGAUGAAAUACACUAGGCUACAUCUUAUAAUUAGCCUAUGACUAAUAUGAACCCAAGACAUUCAGAAACAUGCAGACUUUUGGUUCAACUGUAAGAUCUUGAUGAAUCCUUUUUAUAAUGACCUUUCAUAUGCCCUUUUUUUUUGGCAUACUAUACUUCCAGUUAAUGAGUUUUAAAAUACAUGUAUUCAUAGAAAACUAGCAAUUAGUAGCAAAUCAAUGGCUUCAGGGAAUUAGAUUAACCCCCACAAUUAUGUUGUGACCAGGAAUAACAUGUACAUUGUGGAAAUCAGCAGGCUUUUCCUUGUUGGUGUAUAAUGUCCCACCUUUUCACUAUAAUGUGGCAUCUUAAUUGUCCACAAGAAUUUGAUUGCCAGUAGGUUAUUGCAGCCUUCCUAUGCACCAGGCAUAUCUAAGUUGAUGGCAGAAUGGAGUGAUAAGAGCAAUUGACUAAUCCCACUAUUUAAUUGGAGUUUAGAGAAGAUGAAAAAAUUCUGGAAAUUCUAGACUUGUAGCCCCAAGAGUACAGGCUUUAACCUCAUGCUCAUCUUUGUGAUCCCCUUUAUCGUGUGUGAAUUUCUGGGCAGAGGCAUAUUAUUAAUGGGAUGGCCUCAAAAGUGGGACCCAUUUGCAUUUUUAUAGCAUUUGGACUUGGGUCUGGAAGUCUCACGGGAAAAUAAUUUUCUCAAUUUGGUUCUUGCUGUGCCUGAUAUAACAUUUUAAUGCUCCUACCCAAGAAACCGAAAGGAUUCUUAACUUCCAGACCCUUCUGAUCCUAUUAUCAAUUCCCUACAGCCAUCAGAUUCUUUUAACAGACGCAAAGAAUAUCCAGAUGGUACACAUGGUGUAUAAGCCUAGUUUUCUAUAUUAUUAUACCCAAAUUACUGACAAAACUGGAAUAUCGUUUGCAACAAUAUUUCCAUGCUAGGUAUGUUAUGCUUGGGAUUUCUGGCUAAACAUUCUUCAAACUAUAGAAGAUGUCUUACUUGCAGACAAAGUGUAAGUGCAUGCUGAGUGUGUGAACAAUUUCUUUAAUAUGACUAGAAAAUGAGGUGAAUAGGCCUAUGCAUUUGAAAGCUGGAGGCACAAAUCAGGUUCCUAGCUCUUCACCCCUUUAUUAUAGUCACAACAGUCUCAGUGUUUGUGUACCAUAUACCUGUUCCACAUGAAAUUGAAGUGUAAUCAAUCCUAACGUCACACUAGACAAAACAUCUGCUACUAUGAAUGAAUCCAUAAAAGUC